GUGAACAUUGUGAAUUGUGAAGUUUAAUUAAUAAUAGCAUAUAUAUACUAUAUAGUUCUUUAUUUUUCUAUUUAUCUUCAUGUCAACAAGAGGUAGAGAUUCUUUAGAACUUGGUGGAGUGAUAAGUGAUGUGUUGGAUCCAUUCACAAGGUCAAUUAGCUUAAGUGUUGUUUAUCAAAAUAGAGAAGUUAUCAAUGGUACAAAUUUGAGGCCUUCUCAAAUUACAGAUCAACCUAGAGUUGAGAUUGGAGGGAAUGAUCUUUCCACUUUUUACACUUUGAUUAUGACGGAUCCUGAUGCUCCAAGUCCUAGUAACCCAAAUUUGAGGGAGUACCUACAUUGGUUGGUCACUGAUAUCCCAGCAACCACAGGAGUAACCUUUGGUAAGUCUUUAUUAAUCAUGCAAAUGAGAUCAGAAAUUUCAAUUUCGAACUUGGAAAGUGAAGAAAUUUUUGAAGGGAAACGACUUCCCUCUUUAUUGAGACAUACACAAUACGAAUUUGAAGUCACGUUCGUGAAGUUUAUGAUAACAUGA